AUGUUUAUCAUAUCUAAAGGUGUCAUUCUACUAACCAUAAUCAUCCAAUUCACCGCUACGGUAUUGCUUGUGUUUUUGUUACUUGGGUGUGUCGACACUUCAUCAAGCUACUCCAACGUAUAUUUAUUCAACUACAAGUUCAAUUCAUCGUCAUUAUUGUAUCAACAUUUGACGCUUGAUUUAAAUUCCACAAAUAGUACCACUUCCACCACUACAUCUAUUUUGGGUGCAGACUUGUCUACAAUCUCUGUCAAAGUUGGUUACUUGGCGUUUUGCAUAUCAUCGGAAGAACUCGAACAAUGUAUAUCCAAUGCCAAUCUUGCAAACAUCCCCCAAAUGUCAGUCACAUUUCUAGAAACCAAAUUUGAUUUACUAAACAUUGCCCAAACGUUUCACAAUUCAAUAGUCCAUUCACAUUUACUAAUGGCAUCAAUAAUCCUCACAUUGACCAUACUUGUAAUUUUAUGUUACUUGAUUUUACCCGUUAGCUUUGGUGCAGUAGUGGUCAAGAAAAUUGGACUUGUCUUGACGUUCAUCAACAUGAUACUUUGGGGGUUGGGUAGUAUGUUGCAGCACCAACUGGUUAAUGCCACCACCAAGUUGAUGAGUGGUGUUAGUUUUGAGAUUGUUGAAGUUGGUAGAGGACAACGAGCAGAGACAAUGACGUGGGUGGCCUUUAGUUUUUUGAUUGUGGUGUUUUUGAGUUUUGUAAUGAUGAAUUAUGUUGCCAUGAAGAGUUUGAAAAAGAAAGGUGGUGGUGGCGAAGAGAAGAAGGGGGUGAUUAUGGAAAAAGUAUAA